CCACACGGAAUGUCAUUAUCAGUGGCAGUGGCAUUGGCAACGAUCCUCCACCAAACUCUUGUGCGAAAAGAGAGCAAAAUAAGGUACGUGCUGGCUCGCAUUGCGCAUGUGUCCUUGACACCCUUCAGAAUCCUGACGGCUAGUUUGGUUGUGAUUACACAUCCAUCCCUUCUUCGAGUGUCUUUUGUUCCAGCUGAAGAAAGAUUCAUCAUCCUAGUUUGCAGUGUUAGUCAUUAUUUGAAAAACCUAUUCAGUUCAGAUUAGCUCCUCGAGAAAAUGGAUCCCAUUUGGCAAAACAUUACGACCGCACUGGAAGUCCCAUCGGAAGUGGCGGACAAGUGGCUGGCAAAGCUGAAACAGCAAUACUCUCUACCAAACAGGCAUUAUCACAAUGAAGAGCAAAUGCUCCGUCGGAAGGUCGAACAUCUCUCCGGCUCCAGUGUAUGCCUCCAGCUGGCGCUACUUUUUCAGUAUUACAACUUCGAUGCAGGGAAGGAUUGCGUCCAGGAGAACUGUGACGCUCUGAAGGAGUUCCUGGCCGAGGCCAAAAUAGACAAUAAAGCUCUGGAGAACAAUACCCUGAGACUGCUGGGAGACGUUUCGGUGGAAAGUUCUGAUUUGCCGGACGACGAUGUUUCCUACUUUCAGGAUUUGGAUCUUUUGAUAUUAGGGUAUUCCGCGGAAGACUACAAGCUGUACACUGAGCAACUCCGAAAGGAGUAUCCCUCGAAGGAAACAAGUUCCUAUGCAAAAAUGAGGUUGAAGAUCCUUCAAACUUUCAACCGAAUUCCCUUCAUUUACGCUACAAAGGAGUUUGGGGAUAAAUUCGAAAAAACUGCCAGGGAUAACAUUGGGAAGGAAAUCAAGGAAUUGGAAAGCCAAUAGGAAAGUGAAAUGAUAAUUAUUCUAAUUGUUGUACGGAAAUAAAUAAUUCACCAUGUUUGAAUGAGUAUGUAAACAGAAUAUAACCUGAAUAAACCUUCAGAGCCAACCGACCUUCGCAUUGUUUUGCUUUUAUGAUUCGAUAGCUACGUACUUGCUAUGGCUUACCUUGGAAAAGAAGACUUCGGAAUUAUGAACUCCUGUCUAGAGCAACAGAUUGUUUAUCCAAUUUUAAAUGUUUAGAAAAAUCAGUCGAAUGAAUAAAUUGAUAGUAUUUCACGCCAAAAUACGACGAAUAAUCGCGUCCACAUGCACAAAAUAAAAACUGCUAUCACUCACAAC